AUGUGUAUCGUCCUCAUUUCAACAUCACAUCCGCAGUAUGCGUUGAUCGUGCUCGACAACCGAGACGAGUACAUUCUCCGACCAACCAGCCGCCCGCAUUGGUGGACAGCCCGGCCUCAGCCGGCCGUUCCGAAUGGGCCAGCCAAUGGCACGGACGGGUCUCGGGAAGAGCUAGCAGUCCUCUCCAGUCGGGAUCUAUACAGAGCCGAGCGAGGGACGUGGUUGGGCAUCACCAAGGGCGGCAACUUCGCCGUGCUGACCAACUACCGAGAGAUGGACACUGCCGACGCGGCGCAUCCUGUACAGGGAACCCGCAGCCGGGGCGCGAUGGUGACGGCAUGGCUCGAGGCAGAUCCGGCCGAGUCGACGAAGCAGUUUGUGCACCGUAUGCUGGACGACGGCGGCGUCAAGGGUGUGGGUGGCUUCUCGCUGCUCUGCGGCAAGCUGCGCAAGGUGUCGGGAGAGAAGAACAUCCAGCCGCUGGCAAUUAUCUCGAACCGCUGCGACGACGCCGAACAAGUUCCUUGGAUUUGCGGGCAACGCGGCUCUUCCUACGGCCUCAGCAACGCCACCUACCUGGAACCAAGCGACGAGAACAAGGACGCGCUCUGGCCCAAGAUCAUCCAAGGUACUGACAUGCUGAACCGCGCCCUUGCCGCUGCUGGCGACGAGCAGGAGCUCCUUACCUCGCUUUUCCAGAUCUUGGACCGCGACGAAUUCCCGCCCAACCACGCCAUGGACCUCGAAGAGGGUUUGGCUCACCUCAAGAACUCCAUCUUCAUCCCGGCCUUCGGCGGCCCACGGCACCAACAGGAAAUGAGCGAGGCGCAGCGACAGGGUAACGUGAAGCAGACAAACCACGACUUCUCUCCCGCUGUCGAGGUCUUGACGAUGGCGGCGCGGCCGGACCCUCCAAAGCCCAACGGCUUUGAGACGGGCCUCUACGGCACCCAGCGCCAGACGGUCAUCCUCGUCGACUGGGACGGCAAUGUCACCUACGUCGAGCGCGCGCUCUGGGACUCGAACGGAAAUCCAAUUCCACGAGGACAGGGCGACGAGAUAUUUCACUUCAAGAUCGUCGGCUGGGACCACGCGGAUGAGUUGAGGAAUUAG